GCAGGGCAGGGCGGGGGGGCUUCGACGCCAUGCCGUGGCUGAGCGGCGGGAAGCGGCGGGAGAGCGCGGAGCUGCCGCUGCCGGCGGGCUGGGAGGAGGCGCGGGACUACGACGGGCGGCUGUUCUUCAUCGACCACAACAGCCGGCAGACGUCGUGGAUCGACCCCAGAGAUCGGAUCACUAAACCGCUAACUUUUGCUGACUGUGUUGGAGAUGAACUGCCUCUGGGGUGGGAGGAAGUUUAUGACCAGCAAGUGGGAGUUUACUACAUUGACCACAUUAACAAGACCACCCAGAUUGAAAACCCCCGGACUCAAUGGCGGCAGGAGCAGGAGCGCAUGCUGAAGGAGUACCUGGUGGUGGCCCAGGAGGCCCUCAAAGCCAAGAAGGAGAUGUACCUGGUCAAGCAGCAGCGACUGGAGCUGGCUCAGCAGGAGAUGUUGCUGUUCCACGAGCUCAACGAGGACAACCACUCCAUCACCAGCACUUUGUCCGGUUCAUCCUCAAAUGCGAAAUAUGACCCCGACCAAAUCAAAGUGGAAAUAGCCUGUAGACGAGAGCGGCUGUCCAGGCUGAAGCAGGAGCUGGCCCAGGUGAAGCAGGAGCUGCAGUAUAAGGAAAUGGGAGUGGAGACCCUGCAGGAGAUUGACAGGAAGAUGUCUACUAGUCAGACAAACUACAAGCUGGACGAGGCUCAGGCCAUCUUUAAUGAGCUGCGGAGCAUCAAAAAGGCCAUCAGCACAGGCGAGAAGGAGAGGCAGGACCUCAUCCAGAGCCUGGCGAAGCUGACGCUUAACUUCCAAAACAACCUGUCAAUUAGUGACUCGAACAACGAGGUGGCUAACAGCACUGGAACUGCGGGAGACUCGUGCAGUCUGCACUACUGUGACACGGGCUGUCAGACCGACAUCAUGGGAGAGUAUGGCUCCCAGGAUUCGUCCCAUGUGUUGGACAAAGUGAAAAUCAACUGGCAGUACGAAGAAGCCAAGAAGAAGGUGCAGAGCAUUCAGCACCAGCUAGCACAGCUGGACAGUGAGAGCUGGUCGGGCCGGGCCGAGGCCGACCGGGACAUGGACUUCAUGCAGCUCCUGCGUGAAAAGGAGGCCCUCCUGCAGGAAAUCAUCCUGGUCAGCAAGCAGCAGCACCCGGCAGAGACGCUGCUGCAGCUGGAGGAGGAACGCUCCAGGCUGGAGGAGGAGGUGCAGAGAGCACACAGCUCCCAGAGCCAGGGAGCCAAUCAGAGAAUCCUGCAGCAGGAGAAGAGGAACGCUCUGCUAAGACAGCUGGAGGAGGCAACACGCAUCACAACCUACCUUCAUACCCAGCUGAAAAGCCUGUCAUCCAGUUCCCUGACGGUGUCGUCCAGCAGCAGUCGCGGGUCUCUGGCCUCCAGCCGGGGCUCCCUGGCGUCCAGCCGGGGCUCCCUCAGCUCCAUCAGUUUCAGUGACAUCUACGGACUUCCCCAGUACGAGCGCCACGAGGGGGCCGCGGAGCUGCUGGACCCGCACAUGCGUUACCUGCUCCCCCCAGAGACUCUGUCCAGAGACUGCUCCGUGUUCACUCCUGACCCGCUGACCCAGAGCAAAACCAAGCGCUCCCACGACACCCCGCAGUCCCUGGCUUCCCUCUCCUCCCGCUCCUCGCUGUCCUCGUUGUCCCCGCCCAGCUCUCCCAUGGACACACCCUACCUCUCUGCCCCACAGGACUGCCCCCUCACCCAGAUGACGGAGGAGUACAUGGAGCAGGCGGGCCGUGGCCUUUUGGAGGGGCUACGGGCGCAGUCUCAAACCCUGUCACACACUGCAGCAUUGAGCAGCGAGGACGCGUUAAACCCCAUCUCUGCACAUCAGCUGGAUAACAAGAUUCAUAGAGACAGCAGCGCUCAGACAGCCUUCACCUCCUCAGGAGUGACUCUGAGGGUGAACAGUGCCAACAGAAGUGGCAGGAGAGCCAGGAGAGUCUCCGCGGGAGUCUCUGAAGACGCUCUGGCCACAGACAGCGGUGUGUUUGAAGCGUGGGGCCGGAGGGCAGAGGAGCUUGACGAGCUGCCAUACAUGAAAGAGCUGCCGUCGGCGAGCGAGCCCACCCAGAUUCAACUGGGACUGUUGUGGGAGUCCAGUUCUCAGUCGUUGUGCCUGCACCUGCUGCAGCUCAAGAAUUUGAAUUGCGCGGUUGUGAGAGAGGGUUAUAAAGUGUAUGUGAAGGUGCACUUGAUUCCACUGGACGCCAGCCGGGCCUGUGCGUUUUACUGCUGUACUGCGUUGGCGCCACAGAGCCAGAUGAGCUUCAACGAGGGCUUCCGUAUACCUGUCCCCGCCAACGCCCUGGCCGUGUGCGCCCUGCAGCUGUCGGUCUGCUCGCUGGGGCCUCAGGCUCAGGAGGAACUGCUGGGUACGGCCCAGGUGAGCUUGGCGGAUUGUGAGCGAAGUGCAGAGAUGGUUUACCACUGGCUGCAGGUUCACAUGUUCAGUGGAACAGAGUCACAGAGGCCUGAACAGAGGGGCGCCGGGCACCGCAGGAACCAGGACAGCCAGGAUGAAGAACAACGGCCCAGAGCCAUGGACACUGUGUGCAAUCUACUGUCACGCAACACCACCACCCACCUGGAGGAGCGGGACCUGAAGCCGGAGCUGCAGCGGCUGGAGAAGAAGGACGAGCGCGCGGACGUGACAUCCGAGAGGAGCUGGCAGGCGGAGUCGGUGGACAGCGGCUGCAGCAACAGCACGGCGUUCACAGCUCCCUGCUCAGAAGGCCCGUGUGCCGAGGGCAUCUGCAUCACCGCCGGAGGACGCUGCGAGCAGACGGCAAACAAACUCUCUGUGAUAAAGGUGGAGAAGUCCACCAUGACAGAUGGGGUGUUUCCAGAGCCGGUCCGAGUCCGGCCUAAAGAGAGGGGGGGUCGCUGGGGCCACGCCUCACCGUUCAUGCGUGGCAGCACCAUCGUUCGCUCUCAGACCUUCUCACCCGGCGCCCGGAGCCAAUACGUCUGUCGGUUAUAUCGCAGUGACAGUGACAGCUCAACUUUACCAAAGAAAUCACCUUUCGUCAGAAACACGUUGGAGAGAAGGACAUUGCGAUACAAACAGCAGUCGUACCGCUCCUCCCUGGCUGAGCAGCCAACACGCACCUCUCUGGACCUGGAGCUGGAUCUCCAGGCCUGCAGGACCCGUCAGAGGCAGCUGAUGGAAGAGCUGAGCGCCCUGAGGGAACUGAAAGUGCGUUUGGAGGAGCCACAGUCCCGGGAGGCCAGCGAGCUCCCGCACUGGGCCCUGAGAGACGAGCGCUUCUGCUUCCUGCUCAGAGAGGCCCAGAAACAGGCGGGCCAAAGCAAGCAGGAGCAGCGCCAAGAGGAGGCAGCAGAGCGGAGGCUGAGGAAAGCUUCCAAAGAGGUUCUGCAGAUGAGGGGACAGAGCCAGAAGGAGCCCUUGCCUGUGCAGACGUUCAGAGAGAAGAUGGCUUUUUUCACAAGACCAAGGUUCAACAUACCUCCUUUGCCUGCUGACGAUGUGUGAGGGCGCGCCUCUGUAUUAUGUGACUAAACAUGAAGUAUUUGUCAACCUUUCUGAGCUUAUGAAGUACAAAGUUGUUUCUACUAAGGCUACAGGACAUGUGACCUGCAGAUGAAGAUCCAAAUGUUUCACAUUUUUUCAAAGCAUAUAAACAUAAAGAACACAGAUCCAGACAUUGACAACAGCCUGGCUGUGCGAUUCCUGUUUGAUGACGACAUUAAAACAAUCUUUUUUUUCUGUAUGAGUUACUUCUGUUUGUGCUUACAAAAGGCUGGAAGAUGGGAACAAAAGUUGGUUUGGACAAAUUCACUGUACUGUAACUUAUUUUAUAGUACUUUUCCUUGAAGGAAAUAAAAAUGCUUCCUGCUUUUUAAAUGCAUUUUGUAGCUUUGAACAAAUAGCACUUCAGUGUUUUUACAUACAGUAAAAUGGAACUAUUGUCUGAUGUUUGUUUCUGUUACUUAAAUCUUAAGAAUUAUUUACAUAAAAUGUCACUGUGUAAUCCACUUUUAUUACAGAUGUCUUUGUUAUGUUGUUCUUAUGAUAUUAAAAUUAAUAUUAUUUCA